CUGCGCCUGCGCACUGCGCUCCGGCUGCCGGCGUGGUUCCGCCAUGUCGCCGCGGAACGGGCGCCGAACCGGAGCUCACCGGGCCCAUUCUCUGGCCCGGCAGUUGAAGACCAAGCGGCGCCGCCGCGAUCUGGAUGAGAUCCACGGGGAUUUAGAGCCCCAGAACGCUGCCCGCCUCCUGCGGCAGGAACCCGACCCCGACCUGCCGGGCUGCGGACAGUUCUACUGCCUGCACUGCGCGCGCUACUUCAUAGACCUGACCAGCAUGAAGGAGCAUUUCAGGUCCAAGGUGCACAAGAAAAGGCUGAAGCAGCUCCGGGAGGCCCCAUACACCCAGGAGGAGGCCGAGCGUGCGGCCGGGAUGGGCUCCUACAUCCCCCCCCAGAAGGUGGAGGUGCAGACCCAGCCUCUGGAGGAGGUCACUGAGAUGGAGGCAUCCAGCUGAGCAGGGACUGAGGGGCCGGGUGGCUCUGUAAGGGCCUCUUUGUCCUUGGAUUUGUCAGGAAAACACAUCCCAGCACAGCUUGCCAGCAAACACGGACUAAUGAGGAGAAAGAGCCAGCAGGACCCUGGCUGCCCUCACGGGGUGUCCUUUUUUUGGGGGCAGGGACAAGCUGCUGCUUCCCAGAACUCUGAUCCAGUGACUGUCUGCUCAUCUCUUUGCUUUUAGAGUGGUUUCAGGCUUCUUUCAGAGGUUGAUCUGGGUGAGUCGCCCAUUAAAAGAUGUCACCCAACA